AGUUUCCUUUACAGCGAUUGGACAAUCGUGGUCUUGGAGUUGGCGCCAUUGCAAGCGCUCGCCCCUGAAAUCCGCAUUUUUACAAGUCCGCUAUUAGCUUCCCAACAAAGACGCCAUGGCUGACAAAGACGCUGCCUUUGACGAUGCUGUGGAGGAGAGGGUGAUCAACGAGGAGUACAAGAUCUGGAAGAAGAACACCCCUUUCCUCUACGACCUGGUCAUGACUCAUGCUCUGGAGUGGCCCAGUCUCACUGCCCAGUGGCUGCCAGAUGUCACCAGACCAGAAGGAAAGGAUUACAGUGUACACAGGCUGGUUCUAGGGACACACACUUCAGAUGAGCAGAAUCACCUUGUGAUUGCUAGUGUUCAGCUCCCCAAUGAUGAUGCACAGUUCGAUGCCUCCCACUAUGACAGUGAGAAAGGAGAGUUUGGUGGUUUUGGUUCUGUGAGUGGAAAGAUAGAGAUCGAGAUCAAAAUUAAUCAUGAAGGAGAAGUCAACAGAGCCCGCUACAUGCCUCAGAAUCCCUGCAUUAUCGCUACCAAGACCCCCACCAGUGAUGUGCUGGUCUUUGAUUAUACUAAGCACCCAUCCAAGCCAGACCCCUCUGGAGAGUGCACUCCGGAUCUUCGCUUGCGAGGUCACCAGAAAGAGGGCUACGGCCUCUCCUGGAAUCCAAACCUAAGCGGCUGCCUCCUCAGUGCUUCGGAUGACCAUACCAUCUGCUUGUGGGACAUUAGCACAGUGCCCAAGGAGGGAAAGAUAGUCGAUGCCAAGACGAUCUUCACGGGCCACACCGCCGUGGUGGAGGACGUCUCCUGGCACCUGCUCCAUGAGUCUCUCUUUGGGUCUGUGGCUGACGACCAGAAACUCAUGAUCUGGGACACACGAUCCAAUAACACCUCCAAGCCCAGUCACGCAGUUGAUGCCCACACUGCUGAGGUCAACUGCUUGUCUUUCAAUCCGUAUAGCGAGUUCAUCCUGGCUACUGGCUCCGCAGACAAGACUGUGGCUCUGUGGGAUUUGCGGAAUCUGAAGCUGAAGCUGCAUUCUUUUGAGUCUCACAAAGAUGAAAUAUUCCAGGUGCAGUGGUCUCCUCAUAACGAAACUAUCCUGGCCUCAAGCGGCACAGACCGGAGGCUAAACGUGUGGGACCUCAGUAAGAUCGGCGAGGAGCAGUCUCCCGAGGAUGCAGAGGAUGGUCCUCCUGAGCUGCUGUUCAUCCAUGGUGGACACACAGCAAAGAUAUCGGACUUCUCUUGGAAUCCCAACGAGCCAUGGGUCAUCUGUUCUGUGUCGGAGGACAACAUCAUGCAAGUGUGGCAAAUGGCUGAAAAUAUCUACAAUGAUGAAGACCCAGAAGGAGUAGCAGAUUCUGAGGUUCAGGCAUGAAUCCAUUCUCCAGCUUUUCUUCUGACCAGCUUAUUCGAAUGAUCUAUUUCCAUUUUUGGGUGCAUAAGCACUUCUCUUAAAUCUACAUUUUGGGCGCCAAGUGUUUUUGGAGAAAAUCACGACUUGCUGUUGUGAUGCAAUUAAGAUCAGUCUGAAUUAUUAUUAUUUUUUUUUAAAGAUUUGUUAGUCAUAAUCCCAGUUAUUUAACCCCGAUGUAAUGAAACUUAUCAAAAAGUUGUCAUUCUGGUUGUUUAUUUCGUUGAGUGUAUUUUCCUCAUCUUUUCUGGAAUUGGUUAGUUAUGCUCAACACAUUUCUACUAAGAUCCAUUUUUAUACAAAUGUACAUACGGUUUCCACUUUAUUUGUUCAAAAGAAGAAUUUUCCUUCUUGUGUUGCAUCAUAUACAUUGUUUCCCUCUGCAUUUUCUUUUUUGUUGUGCUACAUCUGAACUCUUGUGUACUUAAGUAUAUUCAUAAUAAAUAUUUGGAGUAAA